AUGGAGGACGAUGAGAUGCGUGAUCUACCUUCUGCUGAAGAACAACUCGAGGAAACAGGCGCGUCAAAAAUUGCCCCUCCUCAAACAGGAGCUGGUGCACCGGCUGUAAGAUCUGUCGAGGGAUGGAUUGUACUCGUCACAAACGUACACGAGGAGGCAAGUGAGGAGGAGCUUCAUGACAAGUUUGGGGAAUAUGGGGAAAUCCAGAAUCUACAUCUGAAUCUCGAUCGAAGGACGGGUUACGUCAAGGGAUACGCCUUAAUAGAAUACUCUACCCUUGCCGAGGCUCGCGAUGCAAUCGCCCAAACAGACAAUACUAAACAUCUCGAUCAAACCAUCUAUGCCGAUUUUGCCUUCGUCAGUCCACCACCUGACCAUAAGAGCAGCAACCGCGGUCCCGGUGGUGGGAGAGCCGGUGGCGGAAGGGCCGGUGGUGGGAGGGCCGAUGAUAGUAGAUCCAACAGACGUGACAGAAACAGCGGAAACAGGGGAGUUCGUGGCCCCGCAAGGUCGAGCCGGAGUAGAUCGCCUGCGGCAACGAAAGAGGAGGACGUGGAGGAACGGACACAAGCUGCCCCCGAGAGCCGGAUCGGAUAA